AUGCAGCCCUGGCAGUGCCUCCGGCGCUUUGCCCUGGCCUGGUGGGAGAGGACCGCCGAGGGUCGCGCCCGUUCUCCCAGGGAGGAGGUUGGACCGAGGGACCCUGGGGGCCGAGGGGAGCCAGAUCCGGAGCGGAGCAGCCCCCCCAUGCUGUCUGCCGACGAUGCCGAGUACCCUCGGGAGUAUCGGACCCUGGGGGGUGGGGGCGGAGGGGGCAGCGGGGGCCGGCGCUUCUCCAACGUGGGGCUGGUGCACACCUCGGAGCGCCGGCACACGGUGAUCGCUGCCCAGAGCCUGGAGGCCCUCAGCGGGCUCCAGAAGGCAGAUGCUGACCGAAAGCGAGAUGCGUUCAUGGACCACCUGAAGAGCAAGUACCCUCAGCAUGCCCUGGCCCUGCGAGGCCAGCAGGACAGGAUGCGAGAGCAGCAACCAAACUACUGGAGUUUCAAGACCCGCAGCUCGCGCCAUACUCAGGGAGCCCAGCCAGGGCUAGCAGACCAGGCAGCCAAGCUGUCCUACGCCUCGGCUGAGUCGCUGGAGACAAUGUCCGAGGCCGAGCUGCCCCUGGGCUUCAGCAGGAUGAACCGCUUCCGACAGAGCUUGCCUCUCUCCCGCUCUGCCAGCCAGACCAAGCUGCGCUCACCAGGGGUCCUGUUCCUGCAGUUCGGGGAGGAGACGCGACGUGUACACAUCACGCAUGAGGUCAGCAGCCUGGACACGCUGCACGCACUCAUCGCGCACAUGUUCCCGCAGAAGCUCACCAUGGGCAUGCUUAAGUCGCCCAACACCGCCAUCCUCAUCAAGGACGAGGCUCGAAACGUCUUCUACGAGCUGGAAGACGUCCGGGAUAUCCAAGACCGAAGUAUCAUCAAGAUCUAUCGGAAGGAGCCAUUGUAUGCUGCUUUUCCCGGCUCACACCUCACCAACGGUGACCUCCGGAGAGAAAUGGUUUACGCGUCGCGGGAGUCGUCGCCCACGCGGCGCCUCAACAACCUGUCGCCCGCAUCGCACCUAGCAUCUAGCUCCCCGCCUCCAGGGCUGCCAUCGGGGCUGCCUUCGGGACUGCCAUCGGGCUCGCCCUCGCGCUCACGCCUCUCGUACGCUGGAGGCCGGCCGCCCUCUUACGCCGGCAGCCCGGUGCACCACGCGGCUGAGCGACUGGGAGGCGCCCCCACCAGCCAGGGCGUGAGCCCCAGCCCCAGCGCCAUCCUGGAGCGGCGCGACGUGAAGCCAGAUGAGGACCUGGCGGCCAAGGCGGGCGGCAUGGUGCUGGUGAAGGGCGAGGGCCUCUACGCCGAUCCCUACGGGCUGCUGCACGAGGGCCGGCUGAGCCUGGCCGCCGCGGCGGGAGACCCGUUCGCAUACCCGGGCGCGGGCGGCUUGUACAAGCGGGGCUCCGUGCGCUCGCUCAGCACCUACUCGGCCGCCGCGCUGCAGUCCGACCUGGAGGACUCGCUGUACAAGGCGGGCGCCGGCGGCCCGCUCUACGGAGACGGCUACGGCUUCCGUCUGCCGCCCUCGUCCCCGCAGAAGCUGGCCGACGUCUCGGCGCCCCCCGGGGGACCGCCACCCCCGCACAGCCCCUACUCGGGGCCACCCAGCCGCGGCUCGCCGGUGCGCCAGUCCUUCCGCAAAGAUUCGGGCUCCUCGUCGGUCUUUGCUGAGAGUCCUGGGGGCAAGGCCCGCAGCACCGGGAGUGCCUCUACGACCGGAGCACCACCUUCUGAACUCUUCCCUGGACCUGGGGAGCGCUCCCUCGUAGGGUUCGGGCCGCCGGUGCCAGCCAAAGACACAGAGACCAGGGAGCGCAUGGAGGCCAUGGAGAAGCAGAUUGCCAGCCUCACUGGCCUAGUACAGAGCGCCCUUCUGCGAGGCUCAGAGCCGGAGACCCCAAGUGAGAAGAUUGAAGGCUCCAAUGGAGCAGCCACCCCCUCAGCACCAGUGUGUGGGUCAGGCAGCAGGAGUAGCGGGGCCACUCCGGUGUCCGGCCCUCCCCCGCCCUCAGCCAGCAGCACCCCUGCAGGGCAGCCCACUGCUGCCAGCCGUCUGCAGAUGCAGAUGCAUCUGCGUGGCCUACAGAACAGCGCUAGCGACCUGCGUGGCCAGCUUCAGCAGUUGCGCAAGCUCCAGCUCCAGAACCAGGAGUCCGUGCGCGCGCUGCUGAAGCGCACCGAGGCGGAGCUGAGCAUGCGCGUGUCGGAGGUGGCGCGGCGGCAGGAGGACCCGCUGCAGCGGCAGCGCACCCUGGUGGAAGAGGAGCGUUUGCGUUACCUCAACGACGAGGAGCUCAUUACUCAGCAGCUCAAUGACCUAGAGAAGUCAGUGGAGAAGAUCCAGAGGGACGUGGCACACAACCACCGACUGGUGCCCGGCCCUGAGCUGGAAGAGAAGGCCCUGGUGCUGAAGCAACUUGGCGAGACGCUGACAGAGCUCAAGGCUCACUUCCCAGGCCUGCAGAGUAAGAUGCGGGUAGUGCUGCGUGUGGAGGUAGAGGCGGUGAAGUUCCUGAAGGAGGAACCACAGCGUCUUGAUGGACUUCUCAAGCGCUGCCGCGGCGUCACUGACACGCUGGCCCAGAUCCGAAGGCAAGUGGAUGAGGGUGUGUGGCCUCCGCCCAACAAUCUCCUGAACCAGUCCCCCAAGAAGGUGGCAGCCGAAACCGACUUCAGCAAAGGCUUGGAUUUUGAAAUUCCACCCCCGAGUCCUCCACUGAAUCUCCAUGAGCUGAGUGGGCCUGCCGAAGGCACCCCUCUUACCCCAAAGAGCGGCAACCCCACCAAAGGCCUGGAUGCCCCCAGCAAGAGAAACACGGACAAAGCUGUGUCUGUUGAGGCUGCAGAGAGAGACUGGGAAGAGAAGCGGGCGGCCCUGACCCAGUACAGCGCCAAGGACAUCAACCGGCUGCUGGAGGAGACCCAGGCUGAGCUGCUCAAGGCGAUUCCUGACCUGGACUGUGCCAGCAAGACCCACCCAGGCCCUACUCCCACUACAGACCACAAGCCCCCUAAGGCACCCCAUGGUCAGAAGGCAGCCCCCCGGACAGAGCCCAGUGGGAGAAGAGGAUCAGAUGAGCUCACAGUGCCCCGCUACCGCACAGAGAAGCCCUCCAAGUCACCCCCGCCACCCCCUCCCCGCCGGAGUUUCCCUUCCUCUCACGGCCUGACCACCACGCGCACUGGAGAAGUGGUGGUCACCAGUAAGAAAGACUCAGUCUUCAUCAAGAAGGCUGAGUCUGAGGAGCUAGAGGUCCAGAAGCCCCAGGUGAAGUUGCGCCGGGCUGUGUCUGAGGUGGUCCGCCCCUCCUCCACACCACCCAUUAUGGCCUCUGCCAUCAAGGAUGAGGACGACGAGGAGCGGAUCAUCGCUGAGCUGGAGAGUGGUGGUGGCAGCGUGCCACCCAUGAAGGUGGUGACUCCCGGAGGAGCCUCGCGGCUGAAGGCGGCCCAGGGCCCAGCAGGCAGCCCUGACAAAGGCAAACACAGCAAGCAAAGAACGGAAUACAUGAGGAUCCAGGCCCAGCAGCAGGCCACUAAACCAUCUAAAGAGGUGAGCGGUCCGAAUGAGACCUCAAGCCCCGGCUCAGAAAAGCCCUCUGGUUCCAGAACUUCCAUCCCUGUAUUGACUUCCUUUGGGGCAAGGAAUUCUUCCAUCUCCUUCUAGAAGCCCCUCAUGCCCUCACCCCAGCCUGCCCCUCCCUUACUCCUGCCAUCGUCCGCCCCUCCUCCCAUGCCCACUCUACCCUGCCCACUCUCACGCCUGAAGGGUUGUGGGGGGCAUGGCCCCCUGCUCGCUCAUCUCCUCUUGGUGUUUUUGGUUUUUUAAGAGAUUUCCUUUAAUUAUCUUUCUUUUCCUUUUUUCUUUUUUAAAGAGCAAAAGAGAAAGCUAAAAACCAAACACACCAACUUCCCCUGACUUCCGGUUCCCUAGCAGCCUCUGCUCCGCCCACUUCCUGUCAUCUUCUUCCCCUCUGCUCUUUCCCCCUCUUUCCCCCCCAAGUCCAUCCAAAGUUCCCACCUCCCCUAACUUCCCAAGAACACUUGGAACAAACUCUGAGCCACGGAGACUUGGAGCGGAGCGAGACCCCCCUCCCAUUCCUGGGUUCCUUCCUGGGAGGAGCAAAUGGACAAGGACUGACCCAGCGUCAGGCUGGACAAUGGACAAGGGAGACCCUGGCCUUGGAGACGCCCCACUGUCUGUCCAGCCUUCGAAGAGACAGAACUCUGCUGCUGGCCUGUGGUUUUUCUUUCGAACCAGGGUGGGCCUGGAAGCAGGCCUAGGUGGAGUGGAUUCCCAGAGAAAAGGCCAAGGCUGGGUGUAAGGAGGGAAGGGGGGACACUAGGUGCCAGGGGAGACGCCGGCUCACUGCUGCUCAGUGUCCGGCUGGUGCUAGCAACGGAUGGAAGGAGGCCCCCAGGACACCUGUUACAGAAGGUGCUUCUGGGGACAGCCUGCCCCUGGGGACCUGCCUUGGGAGAGGCAGCCCUGAGAGGGGCAUCUGGUACUUUUAGUUCCCUAAUUUAGCACUUUA